AUGGGGAGAUUUCCAAGGCGUAACGACCCAUAUCCUUGUGGGGCCGUGAUCUUCUAUGGGAGAUCAGGGCAAAAGACUCAGCAGAUGGUGUCCAUCCCAAUUCCCGAUAGCACUUCCAAGAGGGCUUCGAACACUUAUUCGGACACUGAUUCCUCAAAGACAUUGGGAAGUGUCGAUUCAGGAACUUUGGUCACUACAUCGACUUCUGGAUCUUUGAAAACAGAUUCACAACCUGGCUCUCCCCCCAAUGAUGUCCCCCCCACACUCGCGUCAAUGGUCUCAGCUCAAACUGACUCUGCUGCUACCAAUGGCCACGAUACCAUCGUAGCCAAUUCGGCGACCAUGCUUUCGCUUCUGGCCGAAGUCUCCGACCUCUUCUCCAACGUUCCGUACGUGAAGGUUGUAGCUGGAGUCGUGAAACAAAUCAUUGAUAUUUCAAAUCAAGUCCGCACCAACCAGGAGAGGUGCAAAGAGCUGGUGGAAAAGGUGAUGAGCUACUCUCGCGUUGUUUUCACUGCGUUGCUCGCGACGCAGAAGGAUUCUUCGACCGGGCUCGACGACCUUAAGGAGGAUUUAUUGCAGAUAGCUAGUGUUUUGGAGGCGAUAUAUACAGGCCUCGCUUCCUUUUCAAAUCAGACGAUGCUUUCCCGUUUAGAUCGCCUCAUUAACCGCGACGCCGUUGCGGGUAACAUGAUGGUUCAAGACCGUAGAUUGGAUACCGCUAUCACCUCUUUUCAAUUGAAGUCUUCUAUUGUGUUACGCACUACGAAAAUCGCAGAGGGUGUAUCAAACGAGGAACGGUUCAAGCCACAGUCGCUGGAUGUCCCCCGUCCGCGUUUAACAAGGCUUCGAUCCAAGCCACAGAUUAUGUUUGGUCGUGACCAUGAGAUUGAGACGCUUGUAGCUGCCGUUUUGAAGCAUGACUACUCAGAUGAUAUCAAUCAUCUGACGAGAAUAGCCAUAUUGGGAGCCGGAGGUAUAGGCAAGACAUCGCUAGCCCUCUCUGUCCUGCACGACGCAAGAGUUCAAACCAAGUAUGGGGAUGCCAGAGUCUUCGUCUCAUGCGAAGCAGCAUCGUCCCCUGAUCGGCUUGUCAAUGAACUGGCAGUUGCGUUACAGAUAAAGACAGAGGAUGUAACAGACCUACUUUUGGACGCCAUUCUUCGACAUUUAGCUCUGAAUCCAUGUAUCCUUGUCCUUGACAAUUUCGAGACAUGUUGGGACCCCCCAGAAUAUCGGUCGGAUGUCGAGCUCAUGCUCAACGAAAUCACUGCGAUUUCGCAUGUCGUAGUCAUGAUUACCUUGCGUGGAUCGCAACGCCCAGCCGGAGUUGAGUGGUCCAACCUCAUGCCCCCGCUACAGCCAGUAGAUCUGGAUUCUGCAUCUUCUAUCUUCCACACCAUCUCGCAGAAACUGGACUCUCAUGCGGUCAACCUUAUGAAAGCUGUUGACUGCGUGCCGUUGGCAGUGACCCUCUUAGCCAAUCUAGCGGCGGUCGACGGGGAAACGACGGAGGCACUAUGGGCGCGCUGGACAGAGGAGAGCACGGCGAUGGUGGAAGGCGGCCAAGAUCGACUCUCAAGCCUCGAGGCAUCUGUUCGGUUGUCCCUCUCUAGUCCAAGAUUGAACAAGGACCCUGAUGCGCUUUCGUUCCUCAGCGUUCUCGCUUGCCUUCCUGACGGAAUGUCGAGCUGGGCACUGCAUGCGUGUGAGAGGGGCCUUCCUAGUGUCGUCAGGGUGAAGAAGGCGGUAUCAACUUUGCGCCAGAAUUCGCUAGUAUUCGAGGAUCCCGAUCAUCGUAUCCGAAUUCUUAGCCCCAUUAGAUUAUAUGUCUGUGCUCACCAUCCACCAUCUUUCGAAGCACGCUCUUUCCUGCAGGACGUCUUCAUUGGGCUUGCAUCUCAGGGAACUUCAUACGGCGAUGCCAGCAUCCGUAAACGUUUCAGUGAGGAGACAAGUAACGUCGAGACCAUGCUCAUUGACGCAUUAAAGUCCGGCAGGCCUUUGGAUAAAACGGUGGAGGCGGUCCUAAGCUUUAGCCAUUUUGCCUACACUUCUGGAUUGGGCACUUCGGGAGCGAUAUCCGUUGCAGUAGACCGUUUAGCUGAGUCGCAAGUCAUCGGUAAAACCGUUACUCCUCUUACUUCCCCGGGACUACCGGUGAACCUAUCAAAACCGAAUCUGCUUCCACGGGUGAAGCUCUUCAAAUUUUUGACGAAACCUGCCAUGUCGCCUCCAACUGUGGUAAACCCGGCGGCAGUGGAUCUCACCUUGAAGCUCCGUGGGGAUUGUCUGGGAUGUUGGGGACAACUCGCGAGUAGGAAAUCUUGUUUCCUUCAAGCCGAGGAGAAGUUCACGCUUGCUGUGAAGCUACAUCUUGAAGCUGGAGACGUAUCUGGGCAAGCGUAUGACCUUCACAAUCUCGGUUGUCUGUUGUUGAGAGACAAGUCCAAGCUGGACCAGUCGAAGGCCCAGUUUGAGCGGGCCAUGGGGCUUCACGACCAGAUUGGGGAUAAAUCAGGCAAAGCCUAUGACCUCAUAGGUGUGGGUCGUGUUUUCCUGGAAAGAUAUGAGUACGCCAAUGCACAAACGGCGAUUUCGGAUGCUUUACAAAUUUUCGAUGAUAUUGACGAUGAAGUUGGUCGUGCGUUUGCAUUCAAUAGCAUGGGAAUCGUAAUGCAGGUGUCCUGCAACGCCGUCAAGGCCCACCAUUUCUUCACACAAGCUCUUAGGAUCAAUUCGGACAUGGGCGACACUGUCGGCCAGGCAGAGAGUUUAGCUGGAUUGGCCUGCAGCCUUUUGCUGCGUUCACAAUUUGCCGAAGCCAAAGUCGCGGUAGACAAGGCACUCGCCCUCAGAGCGCCACAUAUCAAUCCAGACCACCUUCAUCUUCUCGGAAGGGUUUUAAUCGCACUUGCUCAAUAUGAUGAAGCCGAGAAGGUUUUAACCCUCUCAAAGGAUCUUCAUGAGGAAGUGGGCAACGUCUUGGGCUAUUCUGAUGACAAUUUGUAUCUGGCAGACAUCUCCUUGUGGCGGGGUCAACGUGAAGUGGCGGAAAACUUUAAAAAUGAUGCGAAGUAUGGAUAUGAACAGGAGGACAAUCUGGUCGGACUGGCGGACACCCUUGUGCUCGAUGGGGUUCUGCACUUGCGAAAGCCUGAUCUGCCAGCAGCGCAAGACUCUUUCCAAGAGGCACUGAAACUCUACGUCCAGAUGUGCUGCCCCCUUGGGCAAGCGAUCGGCUUAUACCACCUGGGUCUCUAUUUUCUCCGUGUUGCAAAUUUUGAACAUGCGGUGGAGAGCUUCCAAGAGGCUCUUCGUUUGCAUACACAAACCGGCAAUAUACAAGGGCAGGCGGCCGAUUUGAACAAAAUUUCCGAGGUUUAUCUGCAGCAGGGCUCCAUUCAGGAAGCAUUGACCAGAAUAUCUGACGCACUGGCAAUGCAUAUACAAAUCGGAGAUGUCGCUGGACAAGGAGACGAUGUUUACAUUCAAGCGGGCAUAUUCUUGCAGGAGUCAAGGUUUGACGAUGCCGAGAAAACAAUACGGAAAGCCCUGGACUUGCACACGCAAGUUGGUGAUGUUUAUGGGCAGGCCAGAGACAGGGCGACGUUGGGCUCUAUUUUAUCGUGGCAAUUUAGAAAAGGACGUGACUCUUGGAAUUCACAGGAUGAGGAACACGCCAUCGAGGCUAUUGCAGAGGCGAUGCAAUUGUUUAGACGUGCUGGUGCGCACGGAGAACAGCAAGAGUGUUACGAUGAGUUACUUGACACUUACGAUUAUUGGUACUAG